GCUAUGUUUUGAAUUUUUGUAUUUCUAGGUUAUUUUGUGCAGACUGCAGAGUUACAUAUUUAUUUAUCUUUAUACUAGAGCUAGACUACGUUUUAAUUCCGUGGAGUAAUAGCACAGACCAGAUAGAGAAAUAGGGUUUUAUGACACAUAUUAAGAAGUUUUGUUUUUCUCCUUAAUACCGUUAAUUAAUUUGAGAAGAAAAUCACAUUGUACCCCACACAAAAUCUUAUUUGCUACUCAUAAAAUUAGAUAUGGAUGUUUUAACCCGGCCUGCAGAAGAAUUUGGGAACGAUGAAACCCUGGAGCAUUUGUGGGCGGCCAAAGCCAUGGAACACAGUGAUAUAUAUUUUAAUGUUCUCUGCUCUGUAGACACAAGAUUGCUUCGUCUAACACCUCAUGACGACCUAAUAUACACACAAUUCAGACAAGAUUUUCCUGACUUAGAUGUUAGAUGCAUAAAUGAAAAUGAAAUAAAGAAUAGCGUUAACAAAGCUAGAUGGAGGGUUUUCUGUGAAAAAUUCAAAAACAUUGUUGAAGACUAUAGUUUUGGCACUUUAUUGAGAGCAGACACUAAGGGAGAUUAUUCAGAACAAAACACUAUUUUAGUGCCUCGAGUACAAUUUUAUGCAAUAGAGAUAGCAAGAAAUAGAGAAGGUUUGAACAAUGAAGUGAAGAAAAGAUUUAAAUGCGCAUCUAAGUUAAACAUGGAAGCACAAGCACAAAAAAUUGAAAUUGCAUCAUAAAGUUACUACUUUGAUUCUAUAUAUGGUGCCUUUGUUUAGUGGUUAUUUUGCAGUUAAUAAUUAUUUGGUUAAUAUUUAAUAUUGCAUAAAGAUAGUUUAUAUAAUAUUAGAUCUAAGUUUGUAAUAAGAUUCUAAGCAUACGGUUUAACAUUAGUUUUUAUCUGUAUCACCAUAACCCUUCUUUUGCAUUUAGUUAAUAUAUUUUUUAAAUUUUCCUCUUAUGUAUUAUUUAAUUGUUAAUCUAAACAGAAGCUACAGUUGUAGCACAAAUGGGUUGGCUCGACCGGGGAAGUACCACACUCUCACAGAAUACCAGCUUAAAAUAGCAGCUUGACACUGGUGUGUUUCGUAUGGUGAGUGUAGAGAACUGGAGACCCAUUUUACUGGAAAAGAGGCAUUCCAUCUUAGUCCUCACGGGUGACAACACAUCUGCAUAUUGAUUCUUUAUUGAGGAUAAAUAUUAGAUGUCAAUGGGUCACAGCAACCACUUAUCAUCAGGUGGACUGUCUGCUUGUUUGUCACCCUAUCCUAUAAAAAAAGAAGCAUUAUUAAAUUGCUCUUAUGAUUUAUAUUUUAUAAUCUUUGAACUGUCUGUAUGUAAUAAUAUUUUAUAAUUUAGGUUUCUCCCAUUUCCCGAUGUAAAUUAAAAGUUUGGCAGACAUAUUAAGAUUUCAAGAUAAUUCAGUAAUCUCAUCACUAAGACGUGGUCAACUGUGUACUGGUGGUGUAAGAAUAUCCACUAUGCUGUAGGUGUCGUAAAAGGCGGCAGAGGGAAACAAAUCAGGAGCAGCCUUUCUAAUAAUGACUAAAAAUAAAAAAUUGCUUGCCAAGCGUGACAAUGCCUACGUUCAGCAGUGGACUUUAAUAGGCUGUAACAGUAUGGUGUGGUAUUCUCACUAGGAUUAUCACAGCUCAUGACUAGUGCCUGUGGUUUAAUGUCUUAUUUACACUAUGCAAAUUUCUUAAUGGCCAUAAUUGAAUGCAAUUACUCACACUAUCAUUCAGUAAUUCAAUAUAACUUUACAUGAGGUUGAUAUACGUUAUUUUGAUCCUAAUAAUGUAGCAAGUUUUGACAAAUAAUUAUUGCAAUAUGUAUUUCUUUAUACCACAAACAUUUUUUACGGACAGAAAUAUGUAUUGUUUUCUUUACAUGCAUGCUUAUUUGUACCUCUGUGAUUGUACCGUUUUUGGUGAGUUGCUUCUAGCAUUUCGAGUAUAUUGGUAUGUAAAUUGUUCAUUCAAUAUUGAAUGUUAUUCCAAAUAAGGGGUUUUGUUUUUUAAUUAUUUGGAAGGUGAUGUUAGUUAAAGCUUUAACUUUAUUGAAUGCAACAGACAAGAAACUUGUAUGCUGUCUAUAAUCUUGCCCUAUUACCUUAAAAAACCAGGUGUCAUUUUUAUGGUAUUUUUUGGUAAUGUAUAUCCAACAAAUAUCAAUUAUUUAACUAGAAAUACAAAUAUGUUCAAAUUAUUACUUAAGUGUUAUCAGUAUGUUGGCUAUAUAUAUAAUAUGUAAUAGCAGCUAAUUUUUUAUCUGAAUAAUCUAAUAAUGGCACAUAAUAAAUAAUAGAUAAUGGUAAAAUUGCAAACAAACAUUUCUUCUUUGACUUUGUAUACUCUAAACUUUGCCAUAUUAAUUAAUGUUAUGUGAUUUUUUAUAAUAGCAUUUUCUGUUUAUUCAUUUAUAUUGGUUUUCAUACGUGGUAGAGCCAUGCUGCAGCUAUAUUAGUAGUAUAGUUGUAGCACGAAUGGGUCGGCUCGACCGGGGAAGGACCACGCUCUCACAGAAUAUCAGCAACCACUUACCAUCAGGUGGACUGUGUGCUCGUUUGUCACCCUAUACUAUAAAAAAAAUUGGUAAACAAAUAAAAAUAUGUAAAUUUGAAAGUACAUCUUGAGAGUGCAAUAUGAGUCGUACAUAAGUUGGAAGAAAGCACUUCUCGACUGCUUUACUGGCGUGAACUCACCAAAUGAUGCAAUAUUAUUAUUAUUAUUUUAUAUUCUAUUAAUGUAAAAACUUGGCUAUUAUAUAAUUAGAAGGGUGCAUAUGUUACUGUAAAAGCCCGUAAUUGGGUAAAUCUUAGGAUUUACCAACAUUACCUGGUAAAAACAAAACAUGAGACAUUUUUCGAGCUUUUAACAUUAGAGUUUGGUACAUGCUAGGUUUUACCAAUGACUAUUAGUAAAUGUUUUUGG